AUGGAGAUGGUUUCCACUGAUAGUCAAAAUUGGAUUAUGAAGGCAAUUCUUCAUCAACGUGAAAACAUGCCCCACUUGCAGGGCCUGUGGCAGCACUUGCUCCGUGGAGAUAGAUUUGUUUCAAAGAAAGUGUACAUGAGACUUAGGACCACUGGUAUGCCGACUAUCAGUUGGAAUCAGUUACUUUAUGGCCAUGUUACUAGGCCAAGGGCUAUUAUGACUAUGUGGCAAGCAUGCCAUGGCAGGCUUCCAACCAAGGAAAGGCUUCAUAAAAUUGGUAUGCUAAAUAAUGUGAAUGUUGUUUCUAUCCAAAUGAUGAAACCCUCAAUCACCUUUUCUUUGGUUGUCUAG